AUGACUUCUAUUGAUGAUUCAAAGCGUUCAUUAGUAGUUAUGGCUGAUUCAAGAGUUCGCAAGAAUGCAACAGAACCAAUCAAUACAUACUCAUUCAUUCGUGGAAGUUAUGAUUCAACAUUAACCAGAACAGUGAAUGAUAUAUUAAAUGAUUUGAAUAUUAAGGUAAGAGUUGAACAGAAGAAUGAAGAAAUAAAGACUAUCAUGAAUGAAAACAAAGAUGUAAACAUUGACGAUAAACUAGCUCAAAGCAUAGUUGAUGGCAUCUGUGAUUUUGAAGUACAUAAUGACGGUGGAAACAUGAAUUUAGAAAAAGAAAUAACAUUAUUCACACUGUUUCAAGCUAUUAAUUCGUUACCUAAUCAUUUAAUUAAUGAAGCAUACGAUAACGUUUAUAAUUUCUGCAAUUUAACUGAAAAUGCAAAAAGUAAUUUUGAAAAUGCACGUAGUAGAUAUGCACAUUUAAUGACUUCUCCAUUUGUUUUAGUGAAGAUUCUAAAACUUUAUCAAAAGGAAUAUUAUGAUGAAUACGUUUUACCUUUAUUACGUAAGCCAAAAAUAACAUUUGAUAUAAAACUUGAUGACUCGUUUUUGAUAACAGAUAUUAGACGCAAGGCUGAAAAUCAUCAGUAUAAAAACAGUUCUGAAGUAAUUGAGGAUUUAUCACGUGUAAUCCGUUUUGUAGAUUGUGGAAACAAAUAUUUCAUUCAAAAGGACUAUAAUAUUCACGAUAAAAUGAAUCAAAUAUCAUUCGUUCUUCAAUCAAACAUGAAAGAGUCACUUAAAAUGAUUAAAUUAUUUAAAGAAGAAGGUAAAACAAUAACAGCAUGGGAUGUACUACUAAAUCAAUUGUCUUCAUUAACCGUUAAGGGUGUUUGCUUUAAAUCUGAUUCUCCAGAUGUUUUCUCAACGUUUCAGGGUUAUAAAUACAACGUUCUCGAAAAGCUUGAUUACUCAAAAAUUGAGAUGUUUAUGAAUUUCAUUAAAGAAGUCAUUUGUGAUAAUAACGAUGAAGUGUAUAAAUACCUUCUCGGCUGGAUUGCAUCAAUGAUUCAACAUCCUGGAAUCAAGAAUGAAACAGCAAUUAUUUUGAAAGGACUUCAGGGAACAGGUAAAAACAGAUUUACAGAUAUUAUUUCUGAACUUCUCGCUGGUUAUUCAUGUAAAAACAUUACUGAAAUAAGUGAGCUAACGGGUAAUUUCAAUUCGGUUGUUGAAAAUAAAAUGUUUCUUGUACUUAAUGAACUCAAGAAUGUAGGUGAAGACAGACUCGCAAACUUCAACGCUUUGAAAUCAAUUAUAACGGAUAAUGAGAUUAGAAUUAAUGAAAAGAAUCAACCCAGAAGAACAGCACAGAAUGUUGCAAACUUUAUUUUCGUAACUAACAACGUCUACCCUGUCAAAAUUGAAGUUGGAGACAGAAGAUAUGUAGUUUUAAGAGUUAAUGGUAAAUUUAAGGGUCAAUUUGAUUACUUCAAGAAUUUGAUGGAUUCAUGCACUAAGGAAUUUUAUGAUAACCUUUUAACAUAUUUUAUCAAUUAUGACCUUUCAUCAUUUAAUGUACGAAUCAUACCGAUGACUGAAGCCAAACAAGAUUUAAUCGAGUUAUCAACAAAUCCUUUAGAUGUAUGGAUAAAUACACAUUAUUCUUAUAUACGAAAAAAAGAGAUCUGA